AUGGCAUACGACUGCUCAAGGAAGAGCCAAAGGUGCGAUGCAUGCCGCAUAGCCGCAUCAAAGGUCUCCUCCUCCGUCCCCUCCUCCGCUCUCUUUUGCGGACCAGGCAUCUACCCCCUGAUAAUCGAUUGCCAGGGCAAAGGCACAAAGGACCAGCUCAUCGAGAUGACUAGCCGUCUGGAAUCCGCCCUCCGAGGCAACAAGGCAGGCCCCAUCCGCAUCGCCGCCCGCCGCGCCCCCGUGGGCGGGAAACCCCCGGGCAAAUGGCACGAUUAUACAGGGAGCAACGGAUUCUCAUACAAAGCGGGCAAGACACUCAAGCUCGCGCCUCGUCUAAUCGGCUUGGUGGACGCGGAGACGGUGCUGGAGCAGUUCCCCGAGAAGCGGCAGGUGUGGCAGGACCGCGUUGGGACGGCGCGGGAGGUCAUGAUCCUUGUGGACUUUACGACGGCGGUAGGGAGCAAUGGAGACUUUGAGCAGGUUGUGGCGAGGGCGUGUGGGGAGAUCUAUCCCGUUAGGAGGAUACGGCAUCCGGAUGCUUCGGGGCAUGCCAGUCUGCAUCGACUUCAGUGGUUUACGACGGCUUGUCCGGAAGAGGAGGAGAGGGAAAAGCCGGUUGUGACUAUUACGAGGGCUGGCUAUGUCAGGAAGAGGCAGAAGUGA